UCAUUCUUCUGCACUCUAAAACAUUGUUCUUUUCUUCCUCCACCAUAUUUUAAUAGGAUGGUCUUGAUGAAGCAUUAAUAAUCUAAUAAAAAAUAUGGAAUUGAAAAGGAAAAAUUCAGUUGCAUAUGUUAUGCUUGUUUACAAGGUUAAAUUUGGUAUUAAUUGAUUUAUAAGAAAGGAAUUAUUAAAGAUUCUGUCAACUGGCUAGUUUUCAGACCUCUUCAAAUAAACUCCUUCUUCUUGCCUAUGGAUUCUGUGUUAUUUUAGCUUUCUUGAUGCUGUAAUAACCAGCAUUCUUCAUGGAACUCGUUUUUGGCAAAUGGGUGUUUGCUUUUUCACUCUCUUGUUGGCUCAUCUUCUCUGUAGCACUAUCAGUGGAGGGACUGCAUGGAGAUGCUAAAGUUAGAGGCGUGAAUUUAGGAGGGUGGUUGGUUAUAGAAGGUUGGAUAAAGCCUUCUCUUUUUGAUGGCAUUCCUAACGGGGAUAUGCUUGAUGGGACACAGGUCCAAUUCAAGUCCGUCACAUUGCAGAAGUAUGUUUCUGCAGAGAACGGGGGUGGUAUGGGUGUUUCAGUGGACAGAGAUGUUGCCUUUUCAUGGGAAACCUUCACUUUAUGGAGAGUUACAGAAUCAGAAUUUCAGUUCCGCACUUCUCAAGGACAGUUUCUAUCAUGUGAUGGUGAAGGUUGCUCUCUGUCUGCAACCGCAAAAUCACCUUCAUCACCAGAAACAUUUGUAAUUGAAAGAAAUAACAAUGGUAGAGUCCACAUCAAACUUACUGGUGGGACUUAUCUGCAGGCUACCUUAGCAAACCAGCUCACAGCAGACUAUCCAGGGGUGCCAGGCUGGGAUGCUAAUGCUGCCACAUUUGGAAUGACAAUUGUAGCCAAUAACUUGCAUGGAGAUUACCAGCUUGCAAAUGGAUAUGGACACAAUCGGGCCAAAGAGGUUCUAAAGAGACAUAGAAACAGUUUUAUUACUAUAGAAGAUUUCAACUUCCUGUACAGACAUGGAAUAAAUACUGUGAGGAUUCCUGUUGGCUGGUGGAUUGCUUAUGAUCCUGAUCCUCCAGCUCCAUUUAUUGGGGGAACUUUGGAAGCUCUGGAUAAUGCAUUCUCCUGGGCACAAGCGUAUAGCAUAAUGUGCAUAAUAGACCUUCAUGCUGCUCCUGGCUCCCAAAACGGGAUGGAACAUAGUGCUAGUAGAGACGGUUGGACAGACUGGCCUACUUCAGAUCAUGUCUCACAAACAUUACAUGUUAUAGAUUUCUUGGCUUCAAGGUAUGCAAAAAAUCCUGCCUUCUUGGGAAUUGAACUUUUGAACGAACCAUCUGCAGCAACAGUUCCAUUGGAUAUCUUAAUCUCCUAUUACAAACAAGGCUACCAAAUUGUUCGGAAACACUCAUCUACAGCUUAUGUGAUAAUGUGCCAAAGAAUUGGCAAUGCAGAUCCUUUGGAACUUUAUCAGGCAAAUAUAGGCUCUCACAAUAUAGUUGUGGAUCUUCAUUACUACAAUCUGUUUGACCUUUUCUUUGUUAAUAUGAGUGCCAUGGAUAAUAUCCAAUUCAUCUACAGAAGCAGGGAAGCUCAACUACAAGCCUUAAAUAGCGUAAAUGGUCCCCUUGUUUUUAUUGGGGAAUGGGUGAAUGAGUGGAAUGUGACAAACGGCUCUCAGAAGGAUUAUCAAGACUUCGGGAGGGCUCAGUUAGAGGUUUACAAUGCUGCUUCCUUUGGAUGGUCGUACUGGACUCUCAAAAAUGACAGACAACACUGGGAUUUUGAAUGGAACAUUAGGAACCAUUAUCUCCAACUGGGUAAUUCUCCAAAAACCCAAAUUUUCAACACUAUAGUGUUGCUUGGAUUAGUGUGUACCUGGUUAUAUCUGCAUCAUAUGUUGUGACCAACCGCACAAACGUUGUGGAUGACCCAGAAAUGUCGAGGGAGACAUAAAUGCGGCUUUUCUUAAUUUUUGCUUUUUACAAAUCUGGAAUUGCAGUAAAAUUGUUAGAGCAUAAACUAUCCACAGAACAUGUGAAUGAUCCUGUAAGAACUUGGGGGCUACCUCAGAAAUAUACAAAUGAAAAAUUCAUUCUACUUUGAGCUUC